AUGGCGGAGAAGAAGUGCCCAGUUCAUCAGCGUGCCAACGUCGGUGGCGGUGGUACCAGAAACAAGGACUGGUGGCCAGAGCAGUUGAAGCUCAACAUCCUCCGCCAGCACACCAAUGUCACAAAUCCCCUGAAGGACUUCGACUAUGCGGAGGCCUUCAAGAGUCUCGACUACUUUGCCUUGAAGAAGGACAUCAAGGCUUUGAUGACAGAUUCCCAGGACUGGUGGCCAGCUGACUUCGGCCACUAUGGUGGUCUUUUCAUUCGUAUGGCUUGGCACAGUGCUGGCACGUACCGAACGACCGACGGUCGUGGCGGUGGCGGUCAGGGCCAACAACGAUUCGCUCCUCUUAACAGUUGGCCCGAUAACGUGAGUCUCGACAAGGCUCGUCGUCUGCUAUGGCCGAUCAAGCAAAAGUACGGAAAUAAGAUCUCUUGGGCCGAUCUGCUGCUGCUGACUGGCAACGUCGCCCUCGAGUCCAUGGACUUCAAGACAUUUGGCUUUUCCGGUGGCCGUGAAGAUGUAUACGAAGCCGAUGAGUCCGUAUACUGGGGUGGCGAGACCACAUGGCUUGGCAACGACGUGCGCUAUGCCGACGGCCAUGAGGGUCUGAAAGGCGACGGUGUUCUGGAUGGCGAUGAACAUAAAAAGGGUCACAGUGACAUCCACAACCGAGAGCUUGAAGAGCCCUUGGGUGCUGCCCACAUGGGCUUGAUCUACGUCAACCCUGAAGGACCUGAUGGCAACCCAGAUCCCGUUGCUGCUGCCAGAGAUAUCCGUAUUACGUUCGGCCGUAUGGCUAUGAACGACGAAGAGACUGUUGCCCUUAUUGCUGGUGGCCACUCUUUCGGUAAGACACACGGUGCCGGUCCAACUGACAAGGUUGGUUCCGAGCCUGAAGGUGCCAGCAUCGAGCAGCAAGGACUUGGUUGGAGCAACACUCAUGGCUCUGGCAAGGGCCCCGAUACUACCACCAGUGGUCUCGAAGUCAUCUGGACCAAGACUCCUACCAAGUGGAGCAACAACUACUUUGAGUACUUGUUCAAGUAUGAAUGGGAGUUGGAGAAAAGCCCCGCUGGUGCGAACCAAUGGGUGGCUAAGACCAACGACGAAAUCAUCCCCGACGCCUAUGACGGCAACAAAAAGCACAAGCCUAGAAUGCUUACGACGGAUCUUUCUCUGCGCUUUGACCCAGAGUACGAGAAAAUUUCUCGACGCUUCCUGGAGCACCCCGACCAGUUCGCCGAUGUUUUUGCAAGGGCCUGGUUCAAGCUCCUACACCGUGAUCUCGGUCCUCGAUCCCGCUACGUCGGUCCUGAGGUGCCAAAGGAAGACUUGAUCUGGCAAGAUGUCAUCCCAGCUCUUGAGCACCCUGUGGUCACUGACAGCCAGAUUGCCGAAUUGAAGAAGGAAAUAUUGGGCUCUGGUCUGACCGUACCUCAGCUUGUCUCUACAGCCUUCGCAUCUGCCUCUACUUUCCGAGGUAGCGACAAGCGUGGUGGCGCCAACGGCGCCCGUAUUCGUCUCGAGCCUCAGAAGCACUGGAAGGUGAACAACCCUGAGCAGCUAUCCAAGGUGCUAAGCACCCUGGAGGGCAUCCAGAAGAAGUUCAACCAGUCAAGCUCGAAGGAGAAGAUCUCGUUGGCAGAUAUCAUCGUUCUCGGUGGAUCCGCUGCUGUCGAGAAGGCCGCAAAGGAUGCUGGGUCCAAUAUCACAGUACCCUUCAGCCCGGGUCGCGCGGAUGCCUCGUUGGAGCAGACUGAUGUGGCGUCAUUCGAGCAUCUGGAACCCUUCGCGGACGGUUUCCGCAACUACGGAAAGGGCACGUCUCGUGUACGAACCGAGCAGUUCCUGGUCGACAGGGCUCACCUGUUGACCCUCACAGCCCCUGAGUUGACGGUUCUCCUCGGUGGUCUGCGUGUCCUUGAUACCAACUACGACGGUUCCAAGAACGGUGUUUUCACCAAAACGCCUGGCAAGCUUACCAACGACUUCUUUGUCAACCUGCUCGACACCAACACCGAGUGGAAGGCCGUUGAUGAGAAGAAGGAGCUCUUCGAGGGCAAGGACCGUAAGACUGGCGAGAAGAAGUGGACUGGAACACGCGCUGAUCUCGUCUUCGGCUCGCACGCUGAGUUGCGCGCUAUUUCCGAGAUCUAUGGCCAAUCCGACAGCUCCGAAAAAUUCAUCAAGGACUUCGUGAACGUUUGGGCCAAGGUCGCCAACCUCGACCGUUUCGACCUCCACAAAUAG